AAUCGCCCAUCGGCCGACUGAUAUCAACAACAACUCUUAGACGCUCUGCGCGCUCACGUCGGCAUUUUUGCACUUGUCCCGUUUUUCUGCUGACUGAAAACUCUUCCCGUAGUGUCUUAAAUUCGGUAUCGCGUGCUAAAUUCUCCAGUUGGUAUCCCAAAUUGAAUGCGCUGGUCCUAGUGAGAUAAAAGAAAAAGAUUGUAGAAGUAGAGACACUUAGGACUGACCUCUGACCUCUAAAGCCACAGCAACACAGCAGAAGAUGUCGUUUCGCGUUGUACGCAGCUCCAAGUUCCGUCACGUCUACGGCCAGGCCCUCAAGAGGGAGCAGUGCUAUGACAACAUUCGGGUCUCCAAGUCCAGCUGGGACUCCACAUUCUGUGCCGUCAAUCCAAAGUUCCUGGCCAUCAUUGUGGAGUCGGCGGGCGGCGGUGCCUUCAUCGUCUUGCCCCACAACAAAGUUGGACGCAUUGCGGCUGACCAUCCACUGGUGGGCGGACACAAGGGUCCAGUGCUGGACAUAGCCUGGUGCCCGCACAACGACAAUGUGAUCGCCUCCGGCUCAGAGGACUGUGUGGUGAAGGUGUGGCAGAUUCCCGAUGGAGGACUGUCCCGCACGUUGACCGAGCCCGUCGUGGAUCUGUUCUUGCACCAGCGUCGCGUGGGCCUCGUCCUGUGGCAUCCUUCGGCUCUCAACGUCCUGCUCUCCGCCGGCUCUGACAAUCAGGUGGUCAUCUGGAACGUGGGCACUGGCGAGAUUCUCGUGCACAUCUCUUCGCAUCCGGACAUCGUGUACAGCGCUUGCUUCAACUGGGACGGCUCCAAGCUGGUCACAACCUGCAAGGACAAGAAGAUCCGCAUCUACGACCCGCGCACCGGUGACUUGGAAAGCGAGGCCAUGUGCCACGAAGGCUCGAAGGCCACACGAGCUAUUUUCCUGCGUCAUGGCCUGAUCUUCACGACGGGCUUCAACCGAAGCUCCGAGCGCCAAUACUCGCUGCGCGCCCCAGACGCUCUCAACGAGCCCAUCGUCAUGGUGGAGCUGGACACGUCCAAUGGCGUCAUGUUCCCGCUAUACGAUGCCGACACGAACCUGAUCUACCUCUGCGGCAAGGGUGACUCGGUUAUUAGGUACUUUGAGGUGACGCCCGAGCCUCCGUUCGUGCACUACAUCAACACAUUUCAGACGACAGAACCGCAGAGAGGCAUUGGCCUGAUGCCCAAGCGCGGCUGUGACGUGACCACCUGCGAAGUGGCCAAGUUCUAUCGCAUGAACAACAACGGUCUGUGCCAGGUCAUCUCCAUGACAGUGCCCCGCAAAUCGGAUCUCUUCCAGGAGGAUCUCUAUCCCGACACCCUGGCGGAGGAUGCCGCCAUCAGUGCCGAGGAGUGGAUCGACGGCAAGGACGCGGACCCCAUCACAUUCUCGCUCAAAGAUCGCGUCUCUAUUGUGCAGGGUGGCUACGUCUCCUCGUCGGCCAGCAAGUCGCUGUCGGUGAACAAGAAGGCCAACAUUCUGAACAAGCCGCGCGGCGGUGGCGGCAGCUCUGGAGCGGGGAGCAGCAGUGCGGGCGGCAACCAUUCGUCCGCCAACAACAACGAGGCUAGCGAGGGCGGACCGCCGGCAGCGGUUCUAUCAGAAAAGGAUCUGCGAAACAUCCAGGACGAAAUACGCAAGCUGAAGGCAAUCAUCGUCAAGCAGGAGAACCGUAUCCGUGCCCUGGAAGCCAAGGCUAAUGCCGGAAACGGGGACGAGACGGACGCGCGCAACAAGAAUGGAAGCGGAUCUGCAGCGCCGGCGGCAUCCGCGGCCUCCGACAGCCACGCCAACGAAAGUGCCAACGACCAUGCGUCCACGUCAACAGGAACGGCACAGGACGAGGACUAGGCCGUGGGAGCGUGCAAGUGUGUGGGAGAGAGCUAGACGGAUUGGGGAGUGAUAAAGGAGCGCCCCAAUGCCACAUAACGCUUACUUCGGGCACGCGGAGGAGAGAAUUGAUAAAGAGGAUUGUCUAUUGCGAUUAUGAUUUCGAUUAUUUAUUUUAUGUAAUUAAUAUAUUAGGACCGUAGCGAGCGAAAUCAGUUGAGAGUGGCACACAUAGGAUUAGAAAAGAAGCCGAACCGUAAACUAAAUCAAAUCAAAUCAAAUCAGCAGCAAGCAAAGCUGGACGAUGAACGUCUCUAUAACAUAACAUAAUACAACAUCCUGCCAAAAAUAUAUAAAACCUAACGAACUACCUACAAGUUGCGCCCAAAAUCGAGCAGAGAGCGAGGGACAUGGACGCGGACUCGGCCCUCGUCGAUUAUUUUGUUGUGACGCAAGUGUGAAAUUGUUGUAAAUUUAUCGAAGGCAAAGCAUAGACUAAACCUACAUUGUCUAAGAGUUAACCUUUACCUAUAAACUUUGUACGAGCACUUUUUAUAAACGCCUGUAUAUUUGUACAUCCCGAAAGGGGAAAAAUUUUUCAUGACAAUAGUUGGUAGACUCGAUACUAGCCGAUGUCCCCCCUGAAACCAAUCACUUUCGCCUGCAAAUUGUCGUGUCAAACAUAACGAAUUUAGAUAACAAGUGAUGGGGGGCAUCGACCAUUAUUAUAUUUCAAAAUCAAAAUCAAAAAUUGUUUAUCCAAACUAAUCAAAAAAUUAAUCAUUUGUAUCUUGAGCCCAUAACCGUAAAAUAAAUGCGAAAGCAACAGCCCUAAAUUUAUAAAUCAACGAAUAAUUUUAAUGGAAAUCUUUAUUUUUAAUUACCUGUUUUAUUUCUAUUAGUUUUGUUAAACGAAUCAUUGUUUAUUUGCCGCAUAGAGAGUAACAGCAUGAGUAAAUUGCCUACCGAUUUUGUAAUAAUAUAAACGCAGACUCUAUACAUAAAUCUAAAUACAUAAUAUACUUUAUAUACAAAUAAUUUACAAUUUGAUACAAAAUAAAACAAUAUACAAACUA